ACAGGGGCCCAUAGAGCCCCACCGUGUCUUAUUACAUGACAAUCUACUUCAACUACUUUGUUUUUACAUACUCUUGUCCUAAAACAGUGCAUUACAUAAUGCUGAAAUGAGCAGUCACAACGAACCACGAACACAACGAAAGCCACAUCCUCCUCACAUCAGAUAAAUUUCGUGAUGUCAUCUGGCUGGGAAAUUCGCAUGUCCAACUCGAAGGGCAUACCAUACUACUUCAACGCUGCCACCAAGCAAUCAAGCUGGGAUGCCCCCUCAGAACUAUCGGAUGAUCAGAUCAAGUCUCUUCCCGGUUCACAGUACCUGAGCGGCGGUAGCAGUGGAGGGGCUGGGACAAUCACGGCGAGCCAUUUGUUGGUGAAGCACAAAGACAGUCGGCGACCAUCGAGUUGGAAGGAGACGAAUAUUACGCGCUCUAAGGAAGAGGCUACUGACAUUCUCCGAGGAUAUCAGGCCCAGGUUGGCAACUCGCGGGAGAAGUUCGAAGAACUGGCGAGUAUUCAUUCCGAUUGUUCGUCGCAUUCCCAGAAGGGAAACCUCGGGCCCUUCUCGAAGGGUCAGAUGCAGAAGCCGUUUGAAGACGCUGCAUUUGGUCUGCAGGUCGGAGAGUUCAGUGACAUCAUCAGCACGGACAGUGGUGUGCACAUCAUUUUGAGAACGGCAUAGCACGAUUGAAUGAGCAGUGGGGAAGUUUAUGCAGACGAAGGUGUUCUUCAGGUCUAGGGCUGAGCUGAAAGCAGGGAUCAAAUAUAUAUGGCAUGGUGCCAGCACACCAGUCUACUGCCACAUCAUUUUUAAGAAGAGACGUCCGUAAUUUGGUUAUAUUAUGAAGCUCUGAGAAUCUCCGCGUUGGCGCUGCAUGACGCGGUGGCAUAGGAGCAAGUUGGCCGCAAGUGUACUUCGUUCAUUACCGUGACGGUGAUAAUCUUACCUUGAUCAACUUGGAUGGUAUCGUCCCGACUCCCGAGGCGUUCCGUGGCUCGGCAGUACU